AUGGAUUCAUCGCUGCAUGAGGUCUGGCUAGCUGCUGCUGGCAGUCCAUUCCUCCCCACCGUCGGCAAGGGCAGCCAAUUUUUGGUCGGCUUUGUACUACUUCUUUUGGGAAUCAUUGCUACUGGUGUAUUUGCAUUGAACCGUUCGCUAGUAAACGUCUUUGCAGUCGGUAUUCCAGCAUCUCUGGCAUUAGCAUACGGUGUUGUAUACAUGUUCUGCGCGGUCGGAGUCUACGUCUCCGACAGCCAAGAAGGCCAUUACGUCAUGACGGACAAACAUCCAAUCCUACGCGCCGUGGCGACGUCAACGCGUCCGCUUUAUCAGCUUCUACGGUGCAUUAACUUCUCUCCGAAAGUUCACGUUCAAAUCACUGAAGAAGGUAUUCGUUUCGCGGCGGAUCACGCGAAAGUAAUGCAAGGAGUGGCAUUUCUCAACAAAUCUCUCUUCUCUUCGUACUCUGUCAAUUUACCACCUGCAGAAGACGGUGAGCCGCCAGAGCUACCAAAUUUUCAAAUACCACUGUCAUCGUUCCUCGAAAUUCUUCAAAUCUUUGGCGCUGUGGACGUUGCCGCGCGAGCUCAAAAAGCUGAACAAGACCCAUAUCGGAGCAAUUUGAGGAACUAUCGCCCGGAUGCAUUCAGCAAUCAGACACUGGGGAUUUCCGGAACAUGCACUCUGGUUUACGGGCAAGAAGGUGACCCAUUCAAAGUUAUGAUAGAGGAAUCAGGUGUUCAAACCACAGCUGGCCUCGCAACAUAUGUACCCGAGAUCACAGACGACAUACCUCUGGAUAGAGACGACAUAUGGUUCAAGAUCAUCAUGCAAUCGCGGUCACUGCUAGAUUCUCUGGCAGAAAUCUCGCCUACAGCGCCAAUGAAACUAUCAAUUACGACGUCAAAAACGUCGCCUUACCUAUCCUUCACCGGCAAGGGCGACUUGGGUAGCUCGGAUGUCGAUUUUGCCCGAGGCAGGGAGCUACUGGAAACGUUCAGUAUUAGAGACAAAUGGACGCAGUCGUACAAGUUUGACUUUAUCAAGAACUCGACCGAGGCCAUGCGCAUUGCGAACAAGGUCAGCUUGCGAGGCGAUGGGCAAGGGGUUCUUAGUUUACAAUUUCUCGUCGAUAUAGAGGGAGGCAAGCGGAGCUUUUUGGACUUUCGGUUCGUCCCCUUUGCGGCUAAUGAUGAUGAGGAAGAGUACGAGGAAGGGGAUAACGUUGACGUGGGCAGCGGGCCCGAAUUAUAG